CCUCUUUGCGGGGCCUGCAGUUAGAGGUAGUACAUUCGUUUUGUCGCUUUUACACUUUAAGUAUCAGAAUUUGUCAACAGAGGGAAGUUUAAUUUAUAGAGGAUGUUAGAAGAGGACCUCAGAAGGUUGUAGUACCUCAUAAAUUGUCAGUUUCGAAUUUAGAGCAUGGUUCUUUUAUGACAAAUGUGAGACGAUAGCGCUCUUUGAGGGAUAUACUACAGCGAAGUAGAAUGGGGUCUAACGAUAUUUCGGCCCACGUGUAUGAAAGACUCAUCAGCAUCAUUAGCAAACCCCCACAUCGAAGGACUGACCUGGAAAUUAACCAAAUCCUGUCCUGGUUUAAAAAGAAGUCAGACUUGUUCCGGCAACUCAAAGAUGAAAUUAUUGUUGAUAUUGUGAAGAACUGUGAAUUUGAGACAGACGAAAAAGAUGACCUCAUUAUCAAACAAGGAGAUGAAGGGGAAUGUUUCUUCAUCAUCUUGAGUGGGACAGUGUCUAUAUAUAUCAACACUAACUUCGGUGCUGAUGAUGACACAGGAAAUAACUACUCCGGUUCGGAAACGGAAGUUGAGAGAACCAAGAGCGGACGGCGGCAAAAACCACUGGACAGGUCAAUCUACGGCAAUUAUGUUGGGAAAAUAGAUGCUGGUCGGAGCUUCGGUGAGCUUGCCUUGAUAAACGCCGACUGUAUCCGGAAUGCUACGAUCAUUGCCGAUGAAAAGACCGACUUGGUCAUCGUCAACAGGGACUUGUACAAACGUUCAUUGCAUGAGUUCCAGGCAAAGGAUUUCGACGAACGGAAACGAUUCGUGGACAGUCACUCCAUGUUUGAUAAUUGGCUACCUAAGUACAAAAAACAGAUGGCCAUGAGUCUGAGGCGAGAGAAGAUUCUCUUCGAUGCCACCAUUGUUCGACAGGGGGCGCCUGUGGAUGGAAUUAUGUUUCUGUUAAGUGGUCAGGUCAAACUCCUGAUGGAUUCCGUGUUACAUGCUAUGCAGUAUCCAGCCUAUUUCCCGUUAGUGGAUCCUGCCGAUUUGGAGAAAGUUCAGGCCAGAGAAUUACUACGCAGGGAGUUGAGUAUAUCCCCAUCUAGGCUAGAGGACAAGAAAUGGUCACCUGUCUCUAUAUCCACACCCUCCGUCUCCUCCGCCAUGUCCGCCACAGACAGCAGGUGUAAACUAAGGUCCCCGCAAGUCUCCAGACACAACAUAGAAGUCUGCAACCUGGGGGCCUUUGAGAUCAUAGGUGACCUAGAGGCCGUGAUAGAUUUACCCACGUACUGCUACACAGUGAAAUGUACUCAAGAGGCGGAGGUGUUUAUCCUGGACCAGAAAAACUACGACAGACUGAUCGAAAAACGCAAUCCCAAAGUUAUUGAAAUUCUCAAAGAAUCUGUCAGGGAGAAAUACAGAUUGCGGCUAUCGUGGCUUCCGAGCAAAGAACUUCCGCUAAUCCGACACUUCCUGUAUCAGCUCUGGGAAGAGAAACGGUCAAAGAGGGACCGACCCAAAAAAACAGUGAAGAAAGAACCAGUUCAAGACUGGAGUGUGACUAACCUCAAAAAGGGGCCGCUUAUUGACAUGUUUGGGCCCGGAAGUGUGUUUUUUCUAAUCCGAAUGAAGGAGAAACAGCGUCAGUUGGAGAAAGAGCGUUAUCAAGGAGCGAAAAAGAGGCUUCAACAAACGCGCCCCAGAAACCCCCAACAAACUCCUCCGACGGUGGACACCAUUACAUAUCAGACGUCACGUGACAGUACAUUUGUGUCACAGUUAGGGCGGACGUCCACGAUGGAUAGUGGACUUGGAUCUAGUAAGACUCCGGAUCGGAUUCAAAGCGGGGUGGAUGACGACAUUCUGUGUGAUGACAGUGGAAUAGAGUCAUGUCGACUUGUCUGUGAAAGUUCACACAGUCGUACUGGAGAUUCGUCGCCUAGAAACGACUUCGCGUUCAUAGACUCCGAAAUCAACGAAAAUAAUCUCUUACGACUCGAACAAAGACUAGAGGCCUGGAAUAAUAAAAUGACUAAAGAUUCACAAAGGAAGAGGAACAUUAAACCUGUAAAACUACCUCGAUAUGUUCAUGAGGUAAACAUUAUAACGGGACCCUUAGCUCCAAUUCCUGGCAAAAAAGUGUUCAUAAAGCCGAUACGUAGGAAAGAAAUCGACAUUAUCGAGACAUUGAAAAAAGGUUUAGACGAGGAUGGUUCCAAUACAUUGAGUUACAGAGAGGAGACACCAGAUCGCAGCGCCCCUCCGACAGCAUCGUCGGUACGAAUCCAGACAGACACAAAGAAAAGACGACAUCGUCCGUUUAGUGUCCGGUUUGAUCAGCAUCCCAUCAUCCACAGAAAAAGGACUGCAACAGUGAGGCAGUACUCAGCUGCGGAGUAUGAGGCACUGAAAGGAGAACUUCGCCGGAAACAGCAGUCAUUUAAAUCAAUUCUUACGCGACCUCAGUCAGCGUUUGCCUAAUAUAUCUUCCAGUGGACUGAAACACACAAGGAAUAGAAAACAAUACUCAAGUUAUUGGACUUUCUCUGUGAGAUUUCAUAAAUGUUUUCUUGAAUUAUGAAAAACGGUAACGUGAAACAGUGGAUUGAAAAUACAUUUAAAUAAAAUGCAAUAUAGUGCUAUGUUUCUGGGUUAUUUUCUGUGUAUGCUAUGUUAACAAUUUUCCAUUCAAUUCAAUGUUGAAAAAGAACUUUAUGUACCUAAUCUAAAGACAGGAUGUGAUUUUGGACACGUUUGGAUGGUUUCGCACCUUAACAAAGUUCAGAUCUUGAUGACUUCCCGACUGAUUGUCUAAAUGAAGAUUCGUAACACAGAAAUACAUAUGUAACUGUUAAUUGAAUGUAUUCAUGUUCCACAAUUCUCGUUUAUCAAUCUACACCAUUAAAGACAUUUUAAUGGCUAUUCAACAAUACCAGAAGGGACCAAAUCACAGCUUAUGAAUAUAUUUACAAAUGUACAAGUACAGGUAUAUAGUAUGUAUGCAGAUUGACUGAAUGACGUUGGAAACUUGCAUAAUUUCCCCUCAUGAUCAACAAACAAAUCAAGGUGGUUUAAGCAGUUGUUUCUAAUAAUUGAUAAACUUUGAUGAUAUAAUCAUAUUGAAGAGAAUCCUUUGUUGAGAAAAGGAUGCACUCGGUAUGUAAACUUUUGUACGAAAGUCAUACAGAAAUUAAAUGAAUAAAAUUGUCUGAUAUUCUUUUUGCAAGAUCAUUAAAUAUAAUCUGAAAAUGAU